CAACUGCCUCUGGGAUCGCGCUAGCGCUAAAUGCUGCUGUCUAGAGGCAGAGGAGUAAACUACCAAGUGUGCACAGGCUAGUUAGCUAAUCAGGUGGCUGCUCAGUCAGCUCACUUGCAGACGACCGGCGUUGUAGCGGGAGGAAAUGUUAUCAUGGUCAUAACUCCAACUCUAGCAAAAAACGAAAAGGCUCGCAACGGUUAAAAGGAAUUUUAAAAGGCGUUUCUUCCCGAGUUGAGGAUGUCUAAACGCCUGCGAAACACUGAGGUCUGCGCAGAUUGCUGUGUCCCAGAACCUCGCUGGGCCUCGGUGAACAGAGGCGUGUUGAUCUGCGACGAGUGCUGCAGUGUACAUCGGAGCCUGGGCAGACACAGCUCCCAAGUGCGCCACCUGACGCACACGCCAUGGCCCCCUACGCAGCUGCAGAUGGUUCAGACAUUAUACAACAACGGUGCGAAUUCAAUUUGGGAGCACUCCCUUCUGGACCCUGCGUCUGUGACGAGUGGAAAACGCAAGGCCAACCCUCAGGACAAACUCCAUCCAAACAAAUCAGAGUUUAUAAGAGCCAAAUAUCAAAUGCUGGUGUUUGUCCAUCGCAUACCUUGCCGAGAGGAUGACAGCUCAACAGCCAAGGAUUUAAGCAAGCAACUUCACUCAAGCGUACGCACUGGUAAUCUGGAGACUUGUUUGAGGCUGCUGACACUCGGAGCUCAAGCAAAUUUCUUUCAUCCUGAAAAGGGAAGCACUCCUUUGCAUGUAGCUGCAAAGGCUGGGCAAGUAUCUCAGGUUGAACUGUUGACCGUUUAUGGGGCAGAUCCUGGUGCUCCAGACAGCAGAGGCAAAACUCCCAUUGACUGUGCAAGAGAAGCUGGCCACAACGACCUGGCAGACAGGCUGGUGGAAAUUCAGUAUGAACUAACCGAUCGACUGGCGUUUUACUUGUGUGGACGAAAACCAGAUCAUAAAAGCGGCCAGCACUUCAUCGUUCCACAAAUGGCCGACAGGAACAUCAGUGCAGAUUUAUCGGAACUUGCAAAGGCAGCGAAAAAGAAACUGCAAUCUCUCAGUAAUCAUUUAUUUGAGGAGCUGGCCAUGGACGUGUAUGAUGAAGUGGACAGGCGAGAGACUGAUGCAGUGUGGUUGGCAACACAGAAUCACAGCACGCUGGUCACAGAGACAACUGUGGUUCCUUUCCUUCCUGUGAAUCCGGAGUAUUCAUCGACACGAAACCAGGGGCGACAAAAGCUUGCAAGAUUUAAUGCACAUGAAUUUGCAACUUUGGUCAUUGACAUAUUAAGUGAAGCAAAGCGCAGACAGCAAGGGAAUCCGAUAGUCAGUCCCAAAGACAACGUUGAACUUAUCAUGAAGAACGUGGCCGUCAGACACUGUAGUGAUAGCCAGGACAAUGACCAGCCUGACUAUGAUAGUGUGGCAUCUGAUGAGGAUACAGAUCAAGAGCUCCCAUCAAGCAAAGGAGACAGGACCAAGAGCCUGGACUCGGACCUCUCAGACGGACCCAUCACUAUGCAAGAAUACCUGGAGGUGAAAACCGCCCUCUCUGCCUCUGAAGCAAAGAUCCAGCAACUCAUGAAAGCAAACAACAGUCUGAGCGAUGAGCUGAGGCUCAUGCAGAAAAAGCUGCAAUCUCUGCAAAGCGAGAACACCUCUCUCAGGCGGCAGGUCACUACCAAUAUCUAUCAGAUCCCCAGCGGUACAGACUACCCUGACCCCUCCAGUCCCUCUGCCCUGAAACGCCGGCAGUCUGCACGGGCCAGUCGGCCCAUGUCUAUGUAUGAGACCGGCUCAGGCCUGAAGCCCUAUCUCCCUAAAGGGGAAACUCCUUACUCAGAGGAGGGAAUCCCCACCCUUCAAUCCUUCCCAACUCAUACGGAAAGGGGCGCUUUUGUGACCACCUCUUCAUCCCUUCCCUCAUUUCCAUCCACCUUGUGUUGGUCGAAGGACGACAGUGCUCAAAAGGCUUCAAAAUUGGAGAAGCAAAGCAGCAUGCCAGAAAGUGACUAUGACAACACAUUCAAUGACUCGGAGAUGGAUGACUCGGGCAGGUUCUGCAGGAGAGGGCGGCUGAGGAGCAGUGGCUGGCUGGGGGAGGGUAGCUCUAUCCCUGAACUUGAUGAUUUGGAGAUGGACUCUGACCCCACGCUUCCCAGCACAGAGGACGUCAUCCGCAAGACCGAACAGAUCACCAAGAAUAUCCAGGAGUUGCUGCGAGCUGCUCAGGAGAACAAACAUGACAGCUUCAUACCCUGCUCAGAAAGAAUACAUGUGGCUGUAACAGAAAUGGCUGCCCUAUUUCCUAAGAAGCCGCGUUCAGAGACGGUGAGAGGCUCUCUGCGCUUGUUGACCUCCAGUGCGUGCAGGCUCCAGGGCGAGUGCCGGAAGGCGGUGCCUUCGGAGGGCUGCCCAGGACCGGACAUGCAGCUGGUCACCCAGCAGGUCAUCCAAUGUGCUUAUGACAUUGCCAAGGCCGCCAAGCAGCUUGUCACCAUCACCACAAAGGAAAAUACCAACUAACAGCACUUACAGGGCUGCAAAGAAGUCAGCAUCUCAGUUUUGUUUUUAUACGCAUUUAUAGUUAUUUUAUUGUUUUUGUAUAUGUGGUAUAUGCAUGCCUUGUUUUUUAAUUAUUUAUGAAUAAGCAUUGACAAUAUUUAAAGACAAAGUCUUAGCGUCAAGGGAAAAGUCAGAAACUUAGCCAGCUUUUGUAGAAGCACAUUUUCUGAUGGGGGGGGGGGAUAUGACUUUCCAGCUAACAUGCUGGGGAAAUAGCUUGUUCUGUCUUUGAUAAUUAGAAUUACAAAAUAUCAUUAAAGAGUUAAUGCCUUGCAUUAGGACAAAGAGCACAGUAAAUCGAUAUGAUACUCGUCAGUGUUAUCAAACCAAAGCCAUGCAUGGAUGCUGAAAAACCAUAAAUGAGCCAUGAAAUCGUUAUCAUUGGAUGCUAUUACAAACACUCUUGUAGCAAAAGGAGCUUCCUCUAAUAUAUUGCACUGUUUAAGCAUCACUACACUGUAAAGUUUUAAUAUGAAAAAAGGAAAAAAAUACGAGCGUACGGUUUUGUUAGCUUCCAUAAGUUGAAGACUUUACGCACACUUCAGUUUCAGCGCAAUGCUGAUAAUGUUUGUUACACUGAGGGAAAAAAAAAGUUAUUAAUAUGACCUGCUCCCUGCCCAAGUGUAAUCCAGUCUGCAGUGCACUUACUGCAGCUAUUUAUGUGUGCCCAUUUGUCAAGUCAAUAAAUGCAAGAAACACUUGUUCAGGGGCCAAGUUAUCAUCUUCACUAGCACCGAGAUGUUGUUGCAUCAAGUUAGGAUUAUUUGGUGUGUUUCUAAUAGGCUACCCAUUGCACUGUACACUACAGCCACUCUUGGUGUUAAUAUUUAGUGCUAGUAACCAUACUGUAUGUAUGUCCAUGUGUAUUGUGCUCCGUUCUGUUGCUGCUAGUUUUGUGUGUAAUGUGCAACAUAUGGGAUCCUGUAAUACUGUGCUAGCCAAUGUUCAUCAUCGCCAGGUGUUGCAGAUUUCAUUUUCCUUCUGAAAUCUGUUCUAAGUAACGUCCAUCUCUGUGCUUGCAUGGAGUGCCGGGAUGCGUGAUGCAGCAGAAGGUGCAUUUUGGGGAAAUAAUUAUUUUCUAAAUAAACUUAAUUUAUAACUAUAA